AACUUGGUAGUGGUGAUGCUGAAGCGGUUCGCGCCUAUUUUGUCAAAAUGCAAUCUCCCAAUCCAAAAAAAAAUUAGUGUCAUGGAUGUUGAUGAUGAAUCCCGACUUAGGAAUGUUUUUUGGGUUGAUGCCAGAAGUAGAGCAGUGUAUGAGUCUUUUCAUGAUGUCAUUACUUUUGAUUUGACAUAUUUGAUGAACAAAUAUGAUAUGCCUUUUGCUUGUUUUGUUGGUGUGAAUCAUCAUGGCCAUUCAGUGCUACUUGGGUGUGCUUUAUUAUCAAAUGAAGAUACUGCAACAUUUGUCUGGUUAUUGCAAGCAUGGCUUACAUGUAUGUCAAACCGUCGACCAAAAGCAAUUAUAACUGAUCAAGCAAAAGCAAUUCUGAAUGGCGUGGAAGAAGUUUUCCCAGAAUCUCGAUACAGAUGGUGCUUGUGGCACAUAAUGAAAAAGAUACCCGAGAAGUUGGGUGGAUAUGAGGAAUAUGAUCACAUAAAGGUUGCCAUUAGCAACGCAGUUUAUGAUUCAUUAACAAUUACAGAGUUUGAAGUUGCUUGGAUUCAUAUGCUUGAGAAGUAUUGUCUUGGUGAUAAUGAAUGGCUUAAAGGGCUUUAUGAACAUCAACACCGCUGGGUUCUAGCAUUUGUGAAAGAUGCCUUCUGGGCAGGUAUGUCUACUACACAAUGCAGUGAGAGUAUGAAUGCCUUCUUUGAUGGAUAUGUUAAUGCAAAAACUACAUUGAAGCAUUUUGUUACCCAAUAUGAGAAUGCUCUUCGUGAUAAAGUUGAGAAGGAGAAUAUUGUUGAUUUUAAUUCCUUCUAUUCAACUAUACCUUCUAUCACACGCUUUGACAUCGAGAAGCAAUUUCAGUCAGCCUAUACAAAUUCGAAGUUCAAAGAAUUUCAAGAAGAGCUAACAGACAUUAUGUAUUGUGAUCAAAAGUUAAUACAAAAGGAAGGGGCAAUAGUAACAUAUGAAAUAACCGAGGAUGUGUUAAUUGACAAGGAAAAAGGAUGGAGAAAAGAUAUUGUGUACCAUGUAUAUUUCAAUGAGGAAGAGUUUGAAGUUAAGUGUUCAUGUCACCGCUUUGAGUUCAGAGGUAUUCUCUAUAGGCAUAUCUUAUGUGUGCUCACUCACAUGAAAAUGAAGGAGGUUCCUCCACAAACAUCCAUGAUCGGUGGAAAAAGAAUGUGAAAAGAAAGCAUAACUUUAUCAGAUGCACAUAUGGCGGCAUGGAAGACACACCUGUUGCAAAACGCUUUCAUAGAUUGUGUCAUUAGAUAAUGCUUUGAUAGAUUUUCAUUUGUUCUUUGUAGUUAACAGAUUUGUAAUUUGAAGCAGAGUCAGGAAGGUGUUUAUUUGCAAGGUGGAGCUUGUAGUAGCAUACCUCAGGUAUCUUUGGAUAUCAUCUUUUUAUUUAUAGUACACUUGAGAAUCCAUGUCAUUAUAUGAAUUUAUUUGGAGCAGGGAUCAUUUGAGGUGGGCACUACCACUGGCAACAUA